UAUCCGCCAUUUUUUGCAACCGGUUUUCUGCUGCAUUCAGUUUCUGCGUUCAGAUGUGAAGGAACGACGUAAACACUUGAAAAUUCACACAUGGCCUUUAUACAAUGGGCACAUGUCGCGAAACUCUUUGCUCUACUUUGUGCUUUCCUUCUUUAUAGGACUCCGCCUUCAAUUCAAGCAGAGAAACACUCGCUGUAUUACAUUUACACAGCUUUGUCCAAACCUGUCAAUCUGCCGGGCAUCUAUGAAUUCACUGCUAUGGGUCUGCUAGAUGACACACAGAUCGACUAUUACAAUAGUGAAGAACAGAGAAAUAUUCCUAAACAGACCUGGAUGAAGGAGAAAAUGACGGAGGAUUACUGGGAAGAAGACACAAAGCUGAGAAAGGACAAAGAACAGUGGAUUAAGAAGAAUAUCGACUCUCUGAUGAAAUGCAUGAAACAAAAUGAAUCAGAUCUUCAUGUUCUUCAGUGGAGACACGGUUGUGAAGUUGAGCAGCAGGGAAGUGAACCAAAACGCAUUAAUGAGUACUGCUAUGAUGGAGAGGACUUUCUGUCUUUUGAUUAUAAAGAGUCUCAGUGGGUCACCCCAGCUGACACUGAUUUAAUAUCCAAGUGGAAAUGGGAUAAUGUGCCGAUCUUAAAACAACACACAGCAGGCUACCUGAAAAUGGAGUGUGUGGACUGGCUCAAGAAAUUCAGAGAAUAUGGAGACGAGGAGCUCAGAAAACCUUCUCCUCCAGAUGUUCACAUGUUUGCAAGGAAAUCCAGGAAUGAAACCCAACUGAAACUCAUCUGUAUGGUCACCGGCUUCUACGCCAAAGACACGAUGUUGACCAUUAGGAAAUAUCGCACAGCUCUGCCUGAAAAUGAGAUUAAAUCCACUGGAAUCAGACCGAACCCUGAUGGGACCUUCCAGAUACAGAAGAGUGUGGAGAUUAGUGAGGAUGAAAAAGCAGAAUAUGACUGUUUUGUGUUCCACAGUAACAUUACAGCACCAAUAAUCAUCAAAUGGGAUAGAAAAUGCCUGGACUCCCCAUCAGACACUUUCAUAGUUAUGAUUGGAGCAGGGAUUGGAGGUUUCCUGGCAUUUGUUGCUUUAGUGGUUUACAUCAUAAAAAUGAAUGGGCUUUGUGGACAAGACACUGGUAGUAAAACAUCAGACAGCAGUGCCUCAAGCUCAGUGGAGCUCAUUCCCUCUCAGUGUGAGGCCUCCAGUGGUGACAGACUACCAGAUGAGUAUGUACUAACGAAGCUGGGCCAGAAGACUAAAAAAGAGAGCUACUGAACAGCUAUUGCUUUAAAGCACAUUCAAAAUAAUUAAUGCAAACACAGUUAAUUAUGUACACCUAAUGAUCACGUAGCAAACAAGAGUGCAACAUGGGUAUAAAAAGUGCAUUCUGAAAGUUUCUCUAGAGCAAUGUAAUUCACAAGAACACAUGAAAGAGAUGCUUGUGCCACUCUUUCUCCCUAUUGUCCUUCUGCACACUUCUUGCAAAUAAUGAUAUUUUGCUCAGUUUUUCUUAAAACGAAACCAUCUACAUGUUACAGUUUCUGUUUCAGUUCUGGCACACCCAUCCCAACAUACUGCACUAUACACCACCUACAUUUUACAUCUCAUGUUUUGCAAUGCAGCGGUAGGGAUGCACACGUGACAUUGCAGUGCUUUGCCAUCACGAAAUGUUGAAUUACUACUGAGAAAACAUUUUCCUUUAUUUCUUUAUUUUUCUGUUAAACUGAUGUGGCAUUUGUUCAGAGACUGAUAUUCACAAACAUAAUGAAAAUAUUGUUAGAUCUAAUAUUGUACUUGCAGAUUUUUUAUAUAGGUCUCUCUUAGAGGACACUGAGAGACAGAGGAGCAGAACACAGAUAUGCAAUAUACAUGGCAAACAUUAAUUACACUAAUAGUGGAACAUUACACAAACCAAGCAUGGAAGUGACAGUAAGGGGUUUGGGUAUAGAACAAGUGUCAUUGAAUAUCAUAGGCUGAAACAACGAGAAACCUGUGCACAGAUUAAAUGUCCAAUCCUUGUUUUUUUUCUCCAUUGUUGUUUAAUUGUAACUUUAUAUAUACAUAUAUGUUUUAUGUAUAGAUACUUAUCUCUGUUGUCUGACUUCCUGAUGUAGGGCUGUUUGGGCUGAUUUGGUGCUAUUUAAUAUGUAUUGCUGCAAUAAAGUGUUUAUUUCUUUG